CAGGUCACAGCCACAGACGAAGACAGUGGUCUCAACAGCGAGCUGGUCUAUCGCAUCGAGGCGGGGGCCCAGGACCGCUUCACGAUCCAUCCCAUCACGGGAGUCAUCCGAGUGGGCAAUCUCACCAUCGACCGGGAGGAGCAGGAGUCCUACAGGCUGGUGGUGGUGGCGGCCGACCGGGGCACCGCCCCCCUCUCAGGGACCGCCAUAGUCACCGUCCUGAUCGACGACAUCAACGACUCGCGCCCCGAAUUCCUCAAUCCCAUCCAGACCGUGAGUGUGCUCGAGUCGGUAGAUCCAGGUACCAUCAUCGCCAAUGUCACCGCCAUCGACCGCGACCUGAGUCCGGAGCUGGAGUACUUCAUCAUUGACAUAGUGGCUAAGGACGACACCGACCGCCUGGUGCCCGACCAGGAAGAAGCCUUUGCUGUGAAUAUCAACACAGGUUCCGUGAUGGUGAAAUCGCCCUUGAAUCGAGAACUGGUUGCCACCUAUGAAGUCACAAUUUCUGUGAUUGAUAAUGCCAGUGAUCUGCCUGAGAAUGCCGUGAGUGUGCCCAAUGCCAAGUUGACAGUCAAUAUCCUGGAUGUCAAUGACAACACGCCCCAAUUCCGGCCAUUUGGGAUCACCUACUACACAGAGCGGAUCCUGGAGGGGGCAACGCCAGGCACUACACUUAUUGCCGUGUCCGCCUAUGACCCCGACAAGGGGGUCAAUGGGCAGAUCACUUAUACCCUGCUCAACUUGGUGCCCCCAGGGUAUGUCCAAUUGGAAGACUCCUCAGCAGGAAAGAUCAUUGCCAACCGGACUGUGGACUAUGAGGAGGUACACUGGGUCAACUUCACUGUCCAAGCUGCAGACAAUGGCUCCCCUCCCAGGGCUGCGGAGAUCCCCGUCUACCUGGAGAUUGUAGACAUCAACGACAACAAUCCCAUCUUUGAUCAGCCCUCCUAUCAGGAAUCUGUGUUUGAGGAUGCACCAGUGGGUACAAUCAUCCUCACUGUCACUGCCACUGACGCUGACUCGGGCCCCUUCGCCCUCAUAGAAUACAGCCUGGGUGAUGGAGAAGGCAAAUUUGGGAUCAACCCCACCACGGGAGACAUCUAUGUGCUGUCCUCCCUGGACCGAGAGAUGAAGGCUCAUUACAUCCUUACAGCCUUGGCCAAAGACAAUCCUGGGGACGUACCUAGCAACCGCAGGGAGAAUUCGGUCCAGGUGGUGAUACAAGUGCUGGAUGUCAAUGAUUGCCGACCUCAGUUCUCCAAGCCUCAAUUCAGCACCAGCGUUUAUGAGAAUGAGCCCGCGGGUACUUCAGUUAUCACCAUAAUGGCCACUGACCAGGACGAAGGGGAGAAUGGAGAACUAACUUAUUCCAUUGAAGGUCCUGGUGUAGAGGCAUUCCAAGUCGACAAGGAUUCAGGCUUGGUAACAACUGGGAGGCCAUUACAGUCUUAUGAGAGGUUCAACCUGACAGUGGUGGCUACAGAUGGUGGGCAGCCCCCACUGUGGGGCACCACUAUGCUCUACGUGGAAGUCAUUGACGUCAACGACAACCGACCAGUUUUUGUCCGUCCUCCCAAUGGUACCAUCCUCCACAUCUUGGAGGAAAUCCCCCUGCGGUCAAACAUUUAUGAAGUCUACGCCACAGAUAAAGACGAAGGGCUCAAUGGUGCGGUUCGCUACAGUUUCCUGAAGACGGCGGGGAACCGAGACUGGGAGUAUUUCACCAUCGAUCCCAUCAGUGGACUCAUCCAAACUGCCAAACGUCUGGACAGAGAACAGCAGGCUGUGUAUAGUCUGAUCCUGGUGGCCAGUGAUCUGGGCCAGCCUGUGCCCUAUGAGACCAUGCAGCCCCUCCAGGUGGCCCUGGACGAUAUUGAUGACAAUGAGCCCAUCUUCGUGAGACCUCCAAAAGGCAGCCCCCAGUACCAGCUCCUCUCUGUGCCUGAGCACUCCCAGCCUGGCACCCUUGUGGGCAAUGUGACGGGAGCCGUGGACGCAGACGAGGGCCCCAAUGCUAUUGUCUACUAUUUCAUUGCAGCUGGCAACGAGGAGGAAAACUUUCUGCUAAAGAAAGAUGGGAGACUCUUGGUCCUACGGGAUCUGGACCGUGAACGCGAAGCCCUGUUCUCCAUCAUUGUCAAGGCUUCAAGCAACCGGAGCUGGACGCUCCCCCGUGGUCCGGGGGCUUCCCAGGCCCUUGACCUCACGACUGACCUGACCCUCCAGGAGGUGCGAAUUGUCAUCGAGGACAUCAAUGACCAGCCUCCACGCUUCACGAAGUCUGAGUACACUGCAGGAGUGGCCACUGAUGCGAAGGUGGGAUCGGAACUCAUUCAAGUGCUGGCCACAGAUGACGACAUCGGCAAUAACAGCCUGGUGUUCUACAGCAUCCUGGCCAUCCACUACUUCCGGGAGCACUCCAAUGACUCGGAAGAUGUGGGCCAGGUCUUCACCAUGGGAAGCGUGGAUGGAAUCCUGCGUACAUUUGACCUCUUCAUGGUCUACAGCCCUGGCUAUUUUGUGGUGGACAUCAUCGCCCUGGACUUAGCCGGUCACAAUGACACGGCCAUUGUGGGCAUCUACAUCCUGCGGGACGACCAGAGGGUCAAGAUUAUCAUCAACGAGAUCCCGGACCGGGUACGCGGCUUUGAGGAAGAGUUCAUCCGCCUGCUGUCCAACAUCACUGGGGCCAUUGUCAAUACUGACGAUGUUCAGUUUCACGUGGACCAGAGGGGCCGGGUAAAUUUUGCCCAGACAGAACUGCUCAUUCAUGUGGUGAACAGAGAAACCAAUCGCAUCUUGGAUGUGGAUCGGGUUAUCCAAAUGAUCGAUGAAAAUAAAGAGCAACUGAGGAACCUCUUUCGAAACUAUAAUGUCCUGGAUGUCCAGCCCGCCAUCACGCCCCGCCUCCCUGAUGACAUGUCAGCCUUGCAGAUGGCGAUCAUCAUUCUGGCCAUCCUCCUCUUCCUCGCUGCUAUGCUCUUCAUUCUCAUGAACUGGUACUACAGGACUGUGCACAAGAGGAAACUCAAAGCUAUUGUGGCUGGAUCCACAGGAAACCGAGGCUUUAUAGAUAUCAUGGACAUGCCCAAUACCAACAAGUACUCCUUCGACGGGGCCAACCCUGUGUGGCUGGACCCAUUCUGCCGGAACCUAGAGCUAGCUGCGCAGGCUGAACAUGAAGAUGACCUUCCUGAGAACCUCAGUGAGAUCACAGACCUGUGGAACAGCCCUGCCCGCACACACGGGACGUUCGGAAGAGAGCCAUCAGCUGUCAAGCCAGAAGAUGACCGCUACCUACGAGCUGCCAUCCAGGAGUACGACAACAUCGCCAAACUGGGCCAGAUCAUCCGGGAGGGGCCCAUUAAGGGCUCGCUGCUGAAGGUGGUCUUGGAGGAUUACCUACGGCUCAAAAAGCUGUUUGCCCAACGUAUGAUGCAAAAAGCAGCCUCCUGCCAGUCCUCCAUCUCAGAGCUCAUCCAGACGGAGCUGGAAGAUGAGACGGGCGACCGGAGCCUGGGCCAGGGCAGCCUGCGUUUCCGCCACAAGCAGCCCAUCGAGCUGAAGGGGCCGGACGGGAUCCACGUGGUGCACGGGAGCACGGGCACCCUCCUGGCCGCCGACCUCAACAGCCUCCCUGAGGACGAUCAGAAAGUCCUGGGCCGGUCCCUGGAGACGCUGACGGCCGAGGCCGGGGCCUACGAGCGCAACGCCCGCACCGAGUCCGCCAAAUCCACCCCCAUGCACAAGAUGCGGGAGGUGAUCAUGGAGAGCCCGCUGGAAAUCACAGAGUUGUGACCAGAAGGAGCUUCGCUGGUGUGAGGGCCCCGGGGCCCGGCCUGGGAGUGGGCAGGCGGCUCCCGAGACUGCAUGGCGGGGUUGCCCCAGAGCAGGGGAGCAGAGGCCCCCCAUCCAAUCUCGGGGGGAGGGCCCGGGGAGGAGGGGUCCCGGCUCGAACCCCCGGAGUCGACCUCUCCAGACUUUACUUUUACCAGACGCUCAUUCAGCAUCUGAUCUUUACAUUCAUAAAAUUUGUUAUUUUUUUAAGAAAACCAAACAGAUCUAUUAGCAUCUACGGAUGGCAUCAGGGGAGUGUGGCCCUGACUCCCGGGGGUCCGAGAGUUUGACAAACAAGGACAAGGACAAGAAGCUCCAGGCUUUCGCUGCCCCCUCCUCCUUCGACCCCAGCUCGGGCUCAUCCAUCCCACCAUCCGGGAAGGGGGCCGUCGAUUGGGCAAGGGGCGUCCAAAGGAGGAAAAUAGUGAUUGCCCUGAAAGCUGGUUUGACCUACCUACCUACCUCCCCAUCCUAGCACCUUAAUCUAAGUUCAAAUCCCACUGCCUUUUAACCCAUCCACGAAUCCAUGCCCAUGGUGGCGGCCCUGGAAGAGGUAGGAGGGCACAGGAAGGAGCAUCCCUUUUCCCAUUUUGCUGGCUUCCCAAACACGUUCAGCUGACAAAGCAAGGCAACUGAGGUUCCCCAGGCUUGGAAUGUCGAGUGUGUGUUGUGUAAUUUUUAAAAAUUAAUCCAUCCCUCCGACUGCCCCCACCUCACCUCAGAGUCAUUUCUCAGUAGUCACUGUUGGAAGUUUUUGGAAUGGUCUGUUUAAACAAAGGAACCGGAAAUACACUCUGGCUUUGGUAAAUCUCA